GGCAGCUUAAACUCGCGCUCAGGGCAAGCAUUCAUUGAAAAGAUUGGCCGUGAGGAGCUCUCGGCACCUACUGUGAGCAGCUCUCGGCUGUGGGCAGCUCUCGGCACCUCUUCGAAGUGCUGCAGAGCAGCAAUGGCCCUGGUUGGCCCCGGCGCCCUGCAGGAGUACAGCGCACCAAGUCGAGGCAGACGAGCCAGAGGCAGCGUCUACGUCGACGACCCGGCCGUGGGCUUCUUCGUCGCCGGCUCGUCGAUCGAUGAUUUGAACGGCAUUUACGUCCGGACAAAUAGAUUCGUUCUCCCGCGGCACCACGUCGCGAUGGCCUACGCGCACCAGGAGGGCGGCUGGACGUUGGCGCUCUGCGCGACGGGGGGCGACGACGAUGACUCCAGUGAUUAUGAGGACGAUACGUACGAGUGGCGCUUCAUCGAUGCGCAGCGUGUGGACCGGUUCACGCACGAGGGCGACACGUUGAUUCCAGGCGCCGGGGUGCGCUGGUCUCAUGCUACGAGUGGUGCUGUCGGCGACGGGCACAUCCCGGACGCCACGAGCCUCGUCGCUGGCAAGUCCGAGGAGGAGCUCGAGGACGAGUUGCCGUGGCAAUUGAUAGCUCUCCUCGACGCCGCGAUUACGCGUGACUUGUUACGUUCCCACGCCUGGCGCGAGCAUAAAGUCGAGCGCGCGCGCACGGGCCAGGACCUGCCCAGGCUGGCCGCCGCGUCACUCGAAGCGAUAGCUGCCGCGGACGAAGAGGAAGCGGGCUGGCUCUACCGCGCGGGACCCGAGGGCGCGGAGCUCUUCGCGGCGCCGGACGGCCGCCGGUGCGGGUCGCUCGCCCCGAAUCGCUACGCGAGAAUCGUCGAGAAGGAGGGCGAGUGGCUCCGGCGCGCGGACGGCAAGUGGCUACGGGCCGCAGAUGCGUCGGAGGCGGCCCCGCACGCCGCGGCGCCGUCGAUGCCCGACGAAGUCGAAGCCGACACUGUCUUCGAUCGGCCGUUCGAGGCCCGCAUCGAGGGCGAGGGCGCCGCUGAAAUCGUCGGCGAAGAGGACGACGACGCCGAGGAACCGUCGAGGGCGGAGCCGCCGCCGAUCGUGCCCGCGCAACGAGCAAGGGAUCUGGCCGUCGGCGACUCCUGUGAACUACUGACUGGAUUCGAGCUCGCGGGCCGCACCGGAGUUUGUGGUAAGCCGCGGAGCGCCGGCCGCUAUACCGUGGCGGUUGAUGACCGCACCGUAUCCGUGGCGUUUUGGCAGGUUCACGGCGGCGACGGCGGCGCCGACCACAAGUUGCUGGGUUUGGACCCGAGAGACGUGAUGCCGUCCAAAGGCGCCGUGAUCGACGCCGCCUACCGGGCGGCAGCGCGGGACGCGGCGUAUGCAUCGCGGCUCGUGCGCGGCGCAGCGGCCGUCGACGAGGAGUUGAUUCGCGGCGCACGUGAUAAUCUCCUAGAGGACUACGGUGCGGCGACCAGCUACGAAGCUUCGUCGUCGUGCGACGCCUGGGCGGGCCGGUCGCCGCUGGAGCUCGUGCGCGGCGGCGUAUGUGGUGUAAGAGCGGCCGACGCGGCAGAAGCGGCGUUUUCUUCGUCGAUCGAGGCGGCGGCGCGGGGCGCCCUGGCGCUCAAGCAGGUCAUAUCCCGUGUCCGUGGUGCCGCGAGUCGCGUCGAUGGCGUAUUGAUGGUUUGCGACGGAUAAUGAUAACACAUAAACGCACAGGUCGUCGCCGACGAGCUGCAGCGCGCGAGAGGCCUCGCCUCCCUAGAGGAGGGCGACGCCGUGCUACUGAGGUGCGCCCUGGCGGCGGCCUACGACGCGUGUCGCCGACGCGAGGCGGCGCUCGCGGAGGCCCUGAGGGCGGUCGAAGCAGAGUCCACCAACGCCGCGGCCCUGACGACUUUGGGCUUACUCGAGCUACCGCGGCAGCGCACGAGCGCGCUCGUGACGCUGAAAAGUGCCACGCUCUGCGCCGCGUCAACAAAGGCGCCGGCGGGCGCCUGGGGCGCCGCGCGGGCGGCGUCGGUUCUGCGAGCCUGCACGCGCGCCGCGUCGCUCAAGAACAAAGCCGACGACGCCUAUCUGCGGGGAGAUCUCGAUUCGUCGAUCGAAUUUUACGGCGACGCGAUCGCGACGGCUCCAUCCGAGGACUCGGCUUUUGUGGCGGUAUGUUACUCCAACCGCGCGGCCUGCCGCCGGAGGAAGCGCGACCUCGUGCCCGCGUUGGAGGACUGCGAUCGAGCCUUGGAGCUGUAUCCCGGCUACGCCCGCGCGUUGUUUCGUCGCGCCUGCGUCCUACUGGAGCUGGAUAGACCUGCCGUCGAUGCGUUCGUGGCCGUCGUGCGUUUCGACCGAAACUGGCCGGACCUCGUCGACUGGCUCGCGCGGGCCGAAGCGAGGGAGCGCCGCCGGGCGAACGGCGAGCCGACAAUGCCGCCGCCGCCGCCGUCGUCUGCACCUGCGGCGACCGUCGAUGACAUUCUUGACGAGACCAAGCACGUUGAUUUGUACACGGUCCUCGGUGUCAGCGCGGACGCGACCGAGGCGCAAUUGAAACGGGCGUAUCGGCUUCGUUCUUUGAAAUACCACCCAGACAAAAAGACGGGCAGCACGCUCGCUUUUCAAAGGGUCCGCGAGGCCUUCGACACGCUCUCGGACCCGGCGAAGCGCCGCGCGUACGAUCUGGGCGACGACAUCAAGAAGCCCCAGAAGGACUCGGACUCGUCGGAGUACUCCGACGACGAGCACGCGAAGCCCUCGCUCCGCGAGGAGGUCGAGCGCAAGUACUGGCCUGAGAGGUACAAGUUCCUGCCCUUCGGCGACCCCUUCGUGCAGAAGCGGAAGCUUCGCGCGCGGCGUGCACGCGCCAAGACUCGCUCGUUUUUCUAGACUCGGUCGCUCGCUUCGUGUUUUUAUCGAUAAGUUUUUACACAUACAACACUCUCACCGCGCCGCCCGGGUCGACGUCGUCUCG